AAAGAUAACAACGUAAACAGAGGGAAUCGAUAAACAAGGUCAUUUCAAAAUGGAUAAAGUGAAGUUCAAAUAAACGGAUUACUGUUGAUCCAUGAUUGCAAUAUUUUGCUUUCGGGGGCCCUUGACAAAGAAAAGAGAAUCUGAUGUCGGACACUGAUGAUGAUGUACCCACACUGUCAGCAGACACUCUGGCAGCACUGAACGAGUUCUAUGCUGAACAGACUGAAGAACAAAAAAUGGUUGAGGCAGCAUUGCAGACAGGUCAAAUAAAAGAUAUCAGGUUGCAGGAAGACUGGCAACUGAGUCAGUUUUGGUACACAGAUGACACUGCUCAGAGACUAGCUGAGGAGGUACUGUCCAUUGCUGGCAAGGAAGGGAGGAUAGCAUGUAUCAGUGCACCAACUGCUUACACGAAAAUUAAAGAGAUAAAACCAGAUAAAUGUUCCGUCACAUGUUUGGAAUUUGACAGACGUUUUGAGAUAUAUGGUGAAGACUUUCAGUAUUAUGACUACAAUGAACCUCUGAAUUUACCGCUAGAUAUGAAGCAGAGUUUUGAUAUUGUGAUAGCAGACCCACCAUUUUUAUCAGAGGAGUGUCUUUGCAAAACUGCAGUAACAGCGAAGUUUCUAACCAAGGGCAAAAUAAUCUUAUGUACAGGAGCAGUUAUGCAGGAGGCAGCUUUGAAGUUACUUGAUGCUCGGCCAUGCUCGUUUCUGCCAAAACAUAAAAACAACUUACAGAAUGACUUUAGAUGUUAUACUAAUUAUGACAGUAUAUUUCUCAAUAAAUCUUGAUAAACAGUGA